CCUCCCUCCCUCCCUCCCGGUGCUUUCAGCAGCUCUCCCCCGCCCUGGGUGUCUCUUCUCCCGUCACACUACAGCCGCCUCCCGCUCACUCGGUAGUUUGGCACCAGGCUAGCAGCAGGCUAGCACGGAGAGUCGAGGGCUGCUCCCUUUCGCCUCAGCUCGGUCACACUCGCCGCCGCACAUUCCGCACCAUGGCUGCCACGGACGUUGACGUGUUUUCGAAUGAAGAGAAGCGUAACCUGACUUUGGGCGGCCAUGUUGGAUUCGACAGCCUCCCUGACCAACUUGUCAGUAAAUCGGUCACUCAGGGAUUUUGUUUUAACAUUCUCUGUGUAGGGGAGACUGGUAUUGGCAAGUCGACGUUAAUGAACACACUUUUCAACACCAUGUUUGAGAACGAAGAGGCGAGCCAUUACCAGAACGGCGUGUAUCUGCGGCCAAGAACUUACGACCUUAAAGAAAGCAACGUCCACCUCAAACUGACGAUUGUUGAUAGUGUUGGCUUCGGUGAUCAGAUCAACAAAGAGGACAGCUACAAGCCCAUCGUUGACUACAUCGACACUCAGUUUGAAAACUAUCUCCAGGAGGAGCUGAAGAUCAAGCGCUCGCUGUUUAACUACCACGACACCAGGAUCCACAUUUGCCUUUAUUUCAUCGCCCCAACAGGACACUCCCUCAAGUCUCUGGACCUUGUCACUAUGAAAAAACUGGACAGCAAGGUCAACAUCAUUCCCAUCAUUGCCAAAGCGGACACAAUCUCCAAGAGUGAGCUCCAUAAAUUCAAGAUAAAGAUUAUGAGUGAGCUGGUGAGCAACGGCGUCCAGAUAUAUCAGUUCCCAACCGACGACGAAACAGUGAGUGAGAUCAACGCCUCCAUGAACGCCCAUCUGCCGUUCGCUGUGGUGGGGAGCUUGGAAGAGGUCAAAGUGGGGAACAAAACCGUGAGGGCCAGACAGUACCCCUGGGGUGUUGUGCAAGUUGAGAAUGAGAGCCACUGCGACUUUGUUAAACUCCGAGAGAUGCUGAUCCGGGUCAAUAUGGAGGAUCUGAGGGAGCAGACCCAUGCCCGCCAUUACGAGCUGUACCGGCGAUGCAAGUUAGAAGAAAUGGGCUUCAAAGAUACCGACCCUGACAGCCAGCCCUUCAGCCUGCAAGAGACGUAUGAAGCAAAGAGGAAAGAGUUCUUGGGCGACUUGCAGCGCAAAGAGGAAGAAAUGCGACAAAUGUUCGUCAACAAAGUAAAAGAGACGGAAGCAGAGCUGAAGGAAAAGGAGAGAGAGCUGCAUGACAAGUUUGAGCAGCUGAAGCGGAUGCAUCAGGAGGAGAAGAGGAAGGUGGAGGAGAAGCGGAGAGAUCUGGAGGAGGAGAUGAACGCCUUCAACAGGAAGAAGGUGGCAGCCGAGACACUCUCCUUAUCUCAGCCGCUCAAGAAAGACAAGGACAAGAAAAAUUAAUUUAUGGGCGCUGUAAACCCUCCCACACACCACCACGGAUUUGUCCUCCAUCACCAUAGCAACGACAACACCUGUUUAUUUUUGUUUGUUUGUUUUCUUUUUGACAUUCCAUCUUACAUUGUGCACAUGGACCAAAGACACUGAGGAGGAUGAUCACGAUGAAGCCACAGGGGAGAAAAGAGAAUGAAAGAUGGUGAGAGAUAAUAAAGGAAAAAAAAAAAAAAGAUGUUCAGUUGCCAACAGUGGCCGUUUCAUUUAGUCAGGAUCCUCGUUCCGUUUGUUUUGGACACUUUUUUUUAUAUAUAUAUAUAUAUAUAUAUAUGCAAUUUGUUUUCCUUUGUUGUGAUUUUCUGUUUUGUUUCAGCUAUUCAUAGAGAAACAAGAAGUUAUAACCCCGUCAACCCUUUUCAGCUUUUUGGUACUACAGCGUUACACACCAGAAUCAAAUAUUUGAAACCUGGGCUGUUUAUAAAGAUGGACGACGCCAAUUCUCCAAUUCCUCAUGCUGCACAAAAAUGAAGCCAAACAAUCCUUGGUACGUCUGCUGCCAUCUUGUACCUCUGACGUCAUUUGGAGUCACAGUCCGUAGCCGAUUCUCCAGAUUAACUCGGAGGUCACGUCUGAAAACAGCUUCAUACACAUGCUUGAUGAAUCUUGAGUCAGUCAGGAUACAAAUACACAAGAUGGGGGUGUUUGUGUCCGGGAUAUUUUAGCUUCACCUUUGGAAAACGAGAGGAAGUGGAGACAUGUCGUACAUCUUUGUAAGCAGUCUAUAGUUUGAAACGGUUCGAUGUCAGACGGUUCAUUAGGUCUGACAUUUAAAUUGAAGAUAAGUGAAAAAGUCUUUCCUAAAGUUUUUUCUGAAUAUCUCAAACUGUUUGAAAUGUUGUCCUGGUGUGUCUGUUUACCUUUUUGUUUGAGACUUUAGAUUUAAUACAUUUCACAGGAGAAUGAAUCCCUGUAUCCAGUGAGCCCAAAUAAUCCAUUUUAAUAGCAAUAUGUCAAGCAAUAAAACUGAGUACCUGUAUAUUGUAUAAUUUACUGCAUAUACGUCGGUACUGACGACCUAAACCUUAGUCUUAAAUCUUAAUAAAAGUGUAUGCAAUAUUCUGGUGCUGUUUCAUAUUAACUCAUUAAUGUAUGUGAAUAUUUUCUAGAGCUUACUCAGCCUUUUAUGCAAAUUGUACUAAUUUUUGUAAUAUUAUUGUAAUAAGCAGACAUGGUUGUGUUUACAUUGUCAAUAAGUGAUGUAACUUAACUGUAAACCACGAUUGAUCGCCUUGAUGUGAGUAUUGUGACAGUGGACACGCACAGAAACAUGAAGCCAGUACACACACGCUCACGCACAGGAUGCAGGAAAACAUACAAGCCUCAGCUCGCUGUAGAAGAGUUUAUACUCGGAGAUGAGAGCAGCUGUAUUUACUGUCUGUCGUUGGAAAUAAAUGCUCCACCAGCACCUCCACCA